UACUUCCUUUUCUGAGCAUCCUUAUAAACCAAUCACAGCAGCCUGUUAGUCCCAGAUCCACUCCACUCUCCACUGCAACCUGUGCCAUCAUGCCACUCAGAGCCAACCUGCUACUGGCAGUAACUGCCCUCUGCUGCUUUGCCACAGUGUUUGCCUUCCCUAUGGAGGGAUUUACCAUGGAUCACCAGUGCCACUGUUUAAGCACCACAAACGACUACAUCAACUCUCGAUGGUUUCAAAGAAUUGAGAUCUUGCCUGCUGGGUCACACUGCCGCAAAAUUGAAAUUAUAAUCACCUUGAAGGACAAAAAAACUGUGUGUGUGGAUCCUGAGGCAAACUGGGUCCAAAAACUCAUCAAUAAAGUCAUUCAAAGCCGAAAACGUGGGCAGAAGUGAGAAGUGCCAUCUGUGUAGCCUGAAGAUGACGAAAGUGCACACUUUCUCUUCACUCAAAAUGAACUUGGCAUUUCAUCAUAAAAAAAGUCUAUGCUGAUGAAACUUUUUAAAACAUCUUUUUUUUUUCUUGUUGAAAACUGUUGAAAACCCUGUUGAAAACUGUUUAGAUUGAUAUAGUGCAUAAAAGACUACCGUUACAAAGUGAGCCCUGCUUAUAGAAUAUGUGUGACACACAAACAUAUUUGGUCUUUGUGUAUGGGAAAACUUAUUAAACUGUGCUUCAUUAUACCUGCCAUAUGCUAUAACUGAAUAAAUCCUUAUAAAGCAAA